AUGGAGGCUCGCGCCAAGCAACUCGCCAGCGACGUCUUUGACAGGCUCGCCAACCACGCUGCGCUCAGCUAUCAAGAGCCCGGUGCUUACCCCGAGCGUGGAGUGAGUAUGGCGCAGCUACGAGAUGACGUUCUUCGUAACGAGUUCUCGUCGUCGCGCCGACAGAAGCUGUGGGAGCGGGUACAGAAGAAGGUUGAAUUCAACUCGAAUGUACGUGCAGCAGUCAGGACUGCAAACAGUGGCGAUGUUGCGCGCAUGUGGGAGUGGAUUGGUCCAAUGCACCUGAUCGAGGAUGGCCGAAGCAGUGGCAAGCGCGAGAGCGGCCGCUUCAACAUCGAGAACACACCACCAACUGCAUCAAAGGAGAUGACGGAGAAGAGGACGUGGAACGAAGGACUUCCUGUCUACUAA